AUGGGUACUCCAUCCUCAUUGCCCACAAACCCUAACCCCAGCCCCAGUCCGCCGCUCCCUCAGUCACCGCCACCACAAACGCCGCCAUUACCUCAAUCGCCACCACCUCAGUCACCGCCACCACCCCCAAGCCAGAUACCACCUCUCAUUCCGCCGACUCCCCUCUCGCCGCAAACCGAACCGCAAAAUGAAACACCAAUUCUCGACACCCAUUCCCCAGAACCAGUGCCUGAGCCUGCGCCUACUCAAACGAAAACCAAAGGUAAAACUAAAAGGGCUGCAGGUAGACCCAAGGAAACCCCUGUCGGAAAACGAAAACGAGUACCCUCUGUUCCUUUCGACCUAAAUUCUCCACCUCAGCCGUCCUCUGAACCAGUCAGCAAAAGGACCAGGUCUUCCUCGCAAACCCCAACACCAGUGGUCCAAACACCAGUACCUCAGUCUCCCUUACACUCUCCAGCACCUGCAUCAUCUGCAGAUAAUAUCGAGGAGGUAAUUUCUCCAUUACCUUGGGCUUUUAGGGAUAUGGCUAUGAAAAAGGCCUAUGAGAAAUUAGUUUGUAAAACAAUUUUGGCAAACAAGUAUAUGGAUGAGCAAAUUUUGAAAGAAUUAGGCAUUUAUGACUCUGUAUUUGCCUACUUGAAUGCUGUUAGCUGGACUGAUUUUGCUAAAAUUAGGGAACCAGUGUACAAGGAUUUAACCCUGGAAUUUUUAGUUCCUUAA